AUGCUCCUCACGUCUCUACUCUUCCCGCUUCUGGCGCUGGGAAGUGCCCUGCCAGACAAACCAAGCAAAGACGUAUCCACAUUCACGAAUCCAGUUCUUCCAGGAUGGCACUCUGACCCUUCAUGCAUUCAAAAGGACGGCAUUUUUCUCUGCGUCACGUCAACCUUCAUCUCUUUCCCCGGUCUUCCCGUCUAUGCGUCUAAAGACUUGGUCAACUGGCGUCUCAUCAGCCAUGUCUGGAACCGUGAGAAACAACUUCCCGGUGUGAGCUGGAAGACAGAGGGACAACAACAGGGUAUGUACGCACCAACAAUUCGAUACCACAAGGGCGAAUACUACGUCAUUUGCGAGUACCUCGGAGUUGGAGAUAUCAUUGGUGUCAUUUUCAAGACCAAAGACCCUUGGAACGAGGCGAGCUGGAGUGAUCCUGUCACCUUCAAGCCCACCCAUAUCGAUCCCGAUCUGUUUUGGGAUGAUGAUGGAAAAGUUUACUCAGCGACACAUGGAAUUACACUUCAAGAACUCGAUCUCGAAACUGGAGCACUAACUCCCGAGUUGAACAUCUGGAAUGGCACGGGCGGUGUCUGGCCUGAAGGACCACAUAUUUACAAGCGAGAUGGAUACUACUAUCUCAUGAUCGCCGAAGGCGGAACAGCAGAAGACCACGCUAUCACAAUCGCACGCGCGAAAAAGAUCACCGGCCCAUAUGAGGCCUACAAGAACAACCCCAUCCUGACAAACCGAGGAACAGACGAGUACUUUCAGACUGUCGGGCAUGGUGACUUGUUCCAGGAUACGAAGGGAAACUGGUGGGGCCUUUGCUUGGCUACCAGGAUCACACAACAGGGUGUUUCCCCCAUGGGUCGCGAAGCUGUUCUUUUCAACGCGACUUGGAAUAAGGGUGAAUGGCCUGUCCUCCAGCCUGUGCGAGGCCGCAUGCCAGGAAACCUUCUCCCAAAACCAACCCGAAAUGUUCCUGGAAAUGGACCAUUCAACGGUGAUCCCGAUAACUACGACUUGAAGAAGACCAAGGCAAUGCCUCCACACUUCGUUCACCAUCGCGUACCCAGAGAAGGUACUUUCAGUCUCUCACCAAAGGGCAUGCGAAUUAUCCCCAGCAGGAACAAUGUCACCGGCGUUAUCGGAGGCAACGAGAUCGAAUUGUCCGGUCAGCGUGGAAUGGCCUUUAUCAGUCGCCGUCAAACACACACCCUGUUCAAGUUCAGCAUCGAUGUUGACUUCAAGCCCCAGAAGGAGGAUCAGGAAGCGGGCAUCACCGUCUUCCGCACACAAGUUGACCACAUCGAUCUCGGCAUAAUCCGUAACAAGAAGUCCGAACUGUCGCUUCGUUUCCGCGCCACUGGCCCACAAGCGCCCGCUCCUAAGACAGUCCCUGUUCCCAAGGGAUGGGAGCACGGAUCAAUUCGGCUUUUCAUCGAAACCGCCAAUGCAACUCACUACAACCUUGGAGCGGAGCAUGGCGGCAAAAAGGUCAAUGUUGCAACUGCCGAAGCGAGGCUUGUUAGUUUCGGCGCAGGCCAAUUUGUGGGAAGCUUGUUGGGUGCUUACGCGACUUGCAACGGUCAAGGCAAGGGACUUGAGUGUCCCAAGGGAGGAGAGGCGUAUGUGCAGCAGUGGAAGUAUGAAGGGAAAGCCCAGGAGAUUGAUCAUGGAGUUUUUGUUAAGGCUUAG